AUGCAGAACAAAUGUUCGGCUCCGGCAAACGCCAGCAUUCGAGCUCCUCGUGGAAUAGCAGGCUCGGUGGCACUACCCCUAUCGCUGGAAAAAUGGCAAGGAUGAGUUAUGAAUGCAAACCAUGGUGACGAAACCAUGAUGAAGUGGCUGAAUAGACGCAAACUGGUCACAUUAGAGGUGAAAAUGGUGAAAACAUGUGGAUGUCAAGCGACACUCGCAUGGACAAACUAA